AUGCUUGAACCGUGUUAUAAUACUCCUGGAAGAAUUCCAAGUCCACAAUAUACCCAACACGUUCCUCCAAUCUUAUUUCGUAAACGUACUGAAAAAAUUGAUUGGAAACGCUUAGCAUCGAUUGACAUAAAUCGUAUAACAAAAGAUAUAGAUAUUGAAAGCCUACAAGAAAUAUUAUCUUCUGUCACAUUCUGUGAUAUAACUAACGAAAUAGAUACGCGUUAUGUGGAUAGUAAUUUGAUAAAACUAUUUCAACUUGCUCAACUUUUAGUUGAAUAUUUAUUGUACUCUCAAGAUUAUUUGACAGCGACAAUAGAUUCACUUAAAGAAGAAAAUAAUGAACUUCACAAGGAUUGCGAUAAAUUAAAACGUCAACUUCAAGAGAAAACAAAUCGUCUUACAGCAACUCGUCGAGAAUGUCAUCGCCGACGUUUAUUACUUAUGGCUCAACAACAACUUAUGGAUUCUGGCCCACAAUCAUUACACAAAUGUAUCUACUGUCCUAAAGCUUUUGUAAAUGCAUCAUUUCUAGCUACACAUAUUCAUCGUCGACAUCCAGAAACAGAGAAUACAGAUAGGAAUACUCCAGUUUAUGCAACACAGCCAUGUUUAAUAACCAAUAACACACCUUAUCCACAAGUACAACAAUCACAAAAAAUAUAUCAACAGUCUGAUAAUCACUAUACAACGAAUAAUAUCAUGAGGGCAUCUUUAGAACAUGAUGUGAGAGAAUUGUUAAACCAAUUGAAAUUGAAUCCUCCAGAUCUACCAAAUGAACAUCAGCCACCAACUAGAUCGAUUGGUUUUGAUGGUGAACAAAAUAAAAACAAUGCAGAUUGGCAUACACAAUUAAUGGAAGAGCAUAGACGUGAUAUGGAAUUAAUGAGAAAAGGAUUUGAGAAAGAACUUCACAAUCUUCAAACUCAAUAUCAUCAAACACAAGAAGAAUUAAGUAAACUAAAAUCCAGACCAGCUAUUUCUAAUUUGGGCGAAUUAGAAAAUGAUACGUCUGGACCUGAAUUUCGACCAAAUCGAGCAAAAUCAGCUAAUACAACAUUAAGACAAUCGACUAAAAAUUAUAAUGUUGAACAAGGGGAAACAAGUUCUCGUCAUAGUUUACCCAUUGAUAAUGAUAAACAGUCAACUGCUUACGUCUCAAUUGUUUCUGGACCAACAACAAGAUUUUUAAGACCAACUUAUUCAUUGAAACCACAAUUUAGUGAUACAAUAAAUCGUGAUGAUAAAGAUGAAUCGGAAGCACAACAAGUUUCUCGAGCAAUGGGACGUGUAUUAACUGCUUCAGGGGGUACAAGUCCAACACCAAGUUUAAAUGCAAGUACAAAUAUGUUACGAUAUAGUCGUUUAUUAGAUCAAUUACGUGGUGAUCCAGAAACUUUAAGGAAACUACGUCAUGAAGUUGAACAAUUAUUAUUAGAACAAUUAAAUGAACAUGGAAUUAAAUCCGAUCAACGUCGUUUAUCUACAAAUCAACUUAAUCAAAAAUUAACUAUUUUACAUAAGGAAAGAGAAAAUCUAGCUAGAAAGCAUCAAAAUUUUAUGGAAAUACGAGACGCAUUAAGUCAACAUGUUGAUCGUUUAGCGCAUGCUGCACUCCGGGGUAGUACAGUCAGUAUUCCAGAAGCACGACUACGUGCAGAAAAUAUUCAUAAAAUGAAUUUAUCCUACAAACCUGGUUUACCUCCUCCAGCAUCACACAGUCCUGGUAGUUUACGUAGAGCUGGAACUCUUCCAUUAGCUUCACAAAGAGUUGAUAUCACAUCUAAUUUAGGAGUAUCUUUACCAAUAUUAUCUAUAAAUAAUGAAAUUAGAAGAAGUCAGUCUACCAUGACAGGAAUAAUAAAUUCACCAAGUAGAAGAGGAACAGGAUUCUCUGAAACAAAACCACGUUUACAAAGAUCAAGUCCUCAACUUCAAUUUGUUUCAGAAGAAAGUAAUUUUGGCAGUAGAUUAGCACCAACCAUGUCUAAACAGAAUCCUACAAAUGAAUCACAAUUACAAAUGACUUCUCAAAAAUAUUCCACCUGUCUACAUAACAAUAACAAUAGUAAUAACAAUUAUGAUAAUAACAGUGGUACUGUUCAACAAAAACAAAUCACAUCUAAUUCACCUGAGAUUCAUUUCAGUCAUGAUCAACGAGUUGUGACAUUUGGAACAAAACCAAAUACUACUAAUACUACUGGUAAUUUAUCAGUUGUACCAAGCAGUGAGGAUGAUGAAUGGGAUUCAGAAACGGAAGAUUUAAAUAUUGUUGCAGCUGAAAUUAAUAAAUCUCAACAAUUAACACUGGGAUCAUCAAAUAAACGAAAAAAUCCCCUAAAACCAAUAACAUCUUAUUAUAAGUCAAAUCACAGUAUUAAUAAUAGUUCUAUGCAACAGAAAAACAACAGCCCUCAGGGAGUAAAAUUCACUUCAUAUAAAAAUCCCAAUUUAAAAACUGAUGAUGAAGAUAUAUUCAGCGUAUCAUCAAUCAACGGUGGUUUAGCCGAAGAUAAUAGCUUAUCUUUAGCCCAAGAAUUAUCGCCGAGACAUUCAGUCAGAGUUAGUCGGUCUUUGGAUCCGAGUGUAGCAGCAGCACACGCAGAAAUGGCUGCAUUAGGUCCUAGGCCAACUACCAGAGUAGGUGGAGUGAGUAGGCAACCAACUACCGCAAAGCACACAUCAAUCGGAAGCCCAGAACUAAGCAACACCAUGGUAACUAGUCUCUGGGGUACUAAUUCUAAAGCCGCCAGUCCAAUUACUAAUGUGAUCUCUGUGGCCAGAUCUGAUGGUGCCUACGAUGAAUUCGAUUCAGAUGAUUGA